ACGAGCAAAUUUAUAUUGCUUCAACUCUGCCAAUUUAUUGAAAUAUAUUUCAUUCACAUUCAAAAAAAUCUAACACUAUGGCCAAGUUUAUCACAAGUUUCUCAAAUUUUACCUCAGUGAUCUUAUUAUUUUUUGGAACCAUGUGUAUAACACGAGCCCAGUGGCAAUCCCAGAUUAACGCUGCAAACGCAAGGAUCUCUCUUGUAGACGGGAAAACGAUUGCCAAUUUGAAGAAAAUCGAAUCACUGGAUUCCAGAUUAACAAUCUUGAGGAGUGACAUGUACUCGGAAAUCAAUGAUUUAUCAAAUCGAGUUUACACCAUGAGAGAAACUGUGACACAAAUGAGGAACGACAUUGAAUCAAACAAAGCCCAAAUCCAAUAUGCAAAUGACAGGAUUGCGGAACUUUCCACCUCUCUGCACACUGCUAACAGCAAAAUCACCAAAUUAGAGUCCGUCAAUCAAGUAUGGGCAAAAAAUUGGAGAAUUGUUGACAAAACUUUUAAAGGAUUAAGAAAGAAGGUUACAUUUGUUACACCGGUUUUCGUCAUUGGCGGUUAAUGAUUAAAGAAUAAUCUUAGGUUAAAAUUUUUGGAUUUAAUCGACAACAUUUUAGCCAGCAAUUUAGUCAGUUUAAUUAUACAUGUCUAAUUGUGAGUUAGAUAUAUGAUGUGAGACAGGAACAUUUUUUGUUAGAUUUUUGUGUAUGCAUGUAUCUAUUAAAAUAUAAUUAUACGAAACUACGUGUCGUUGGAUUAAAAUUGUAUGUAUGCCAAAUUAUUUGCAAUAUUUCACAACAACCUUGCUCUAAUUUUUUUAUUUUCUAAACUGAAGUAUGUAUAAUGGGGGGAAAUUUGACGAUUCUAAAAAUCACUGGAUAUCUAUGCAAUCGAAAUAAAGUUGUGUAUAAUUUCCUAACUGUUAAAUAAAAUAAGUAGAGUAUGAUACAACAACUGGGUAAAAUUUAUCUAAC